AUGACUGACAGUCUUUAGUAUUACCUCGUCGAUGAUCAAACUAAUGCAACUUCAAAAAGUUCACCGUGUGGAUUCAAAUACAAUGAGUACAAUCCACCAGCGAUAAAAAUACGAAUCGAAUGAAAAAUUUGUACCGUGUUUCAUAUUGCGUCUUAUUUUCGAACGUACCAAAGGUUGAAUUGAUUACACGUGCUAUUGCGCGUAUUAGGUUGGGUUAUAUCUCGCUCACCGCAUACACUGCCAAUUUAUAUCACUUAACUAUUAUUUAAUAAUUUGGAGAAAAUGAGUUGGAAGAAACCUGUUAUUUAUAUUUCUGCUGCGACAACUGUUGUCGGCGGAUCUUGUCUAAUAAAGGAUUAUUUGGGAGGACCAAUGUAUAAUCAAGAAGAGAAGUUGGAUGAUAAGAUUGUCAUUAUAACUGGAGCAAAUACUGGUAUUGGAUUUGAUACAGCUCGGGAGAUGGCCAAGCGUAAUGCAAAAGUUAUUAUGGCAUGCAGAGAUAUGAAGAAAUGUGAGUCACGUCGGAACAUUGUACUUGAUACAAGGAACAAGUAUGUUUAUUGUAGGAGAUGUGAUUUAUCAUCUCAAGAAAGUAUCACAAAAUUUGUUGAACGAUUUCGGAAAGAACAUGACAAACUUCAUAUACUUAUUAACAAUGCUGGUGUAAUGAGAUGUCCCAAAAGUUAUACCAAGGAAGGUAUUGAGAUGCAACUUGGGGUCAAUCAUAUGGGACACUUUUUACUUACAAAUUUACUCUUGGAUGUUCUGAAAAAAUCUGCACCAUCUAGAAUUGUAAAUUUGUCAAGUGCUGCUCAUUAUGCAGGCCAGAUAAAUAUGAAGGACUUAAAUAGUGAUCUUGCAUAUGAACCUAACAAAGCUUAUUCACAGAGUAAACUAGCCAAUGUUCUUUUUACUAAGGAGUUAGCAAACAAAUUGGAAGGAACUGGUGUUAAUGUGUACGCUGUCCAUCCUGGUAUAGUUGAUACGGAAAUAAUUCGACAUAUGUCUGUAUUGAACAAUUUCUUUACACGAUACUUGUUAAAACCUUUUGCUUGGCCGUUUAUCAAAGCACCUGUACAAGCGGCACAACUCAUUUUAUAUACAGCAUUAGACCCUAGCAUUGCAGAUGCUUCUGGCAGUUAUAUCGACAACUUCAAAAUCAAAGAAGCGUCGAAGAAUGGCAGGGAUAAAGAUCUGGCGAAAUGGUUAUGGAAAGUCAGUGAGUCAUGGACAAAAUUGAAUGUUACAUAAUUAUGUGAAUAUAUAGUACAGGCACAUGCACCUGUAUUAAAUGUAGUUUAUUUUUAAAUAUAAUGUAUAUAAUUAAAUUUUUUCGACACUUCAAUUUCAUUUCUCAAAUUUAUCACUUCUUUCACAAAAUAA